UUAUCAGUGGGGAGUGGUGGCAUCUCCAAUAUUUUUCGGAAAAUAUCCCGACGAGUUUGCCGAAUUUCUUGGACGCCUCAGCCAAAAACAGGGCGUCGUGUCGACACCAUUUCAAUUCACGUUGGCAGAAGCUGCAGAAUUACGAGGAAGUUGGGAUUUUUGUGGGAUUGCACAUUACACGACAAGUUUGAUUGAACCGACGACGCCGAACCACGGGUCGGCUGGAAUAUCGGAUCCCAUCGGUAUUAAAUUGUCCAGUGAUCCCUCAUGGCACGCCGGCGCAAGCAGUUCAACCACUUGGAGUUUCUACGUGGUUCCGUGGGGUUUAAGAAAAAUGCUGAACUGGAUAAAAAAGAGGUAUGGAAAUCCACCAAUAUACCUUUUGGAGAAUGGAUACCAAGGUCACCCGGAGGAUGGACUGGAGGAUCACGAACGGGCGGAAUAUCAUCGUUCUUAUAUCAACGAGAUGUUAAAGGCGGUGCGAAUUGAUGGCGUUAAUGUGCAAAUGUACGGGGCCUGGACGCUACUGGACUCAUUCGAAUGGGAGGACGGGUAUUCAGUCAACUUUGGCGUAGUGGCCGUAAACUUUAGCGAUCCGGAGAGGAAAAGGACGCCCAAAUUAUCGGGAGCUUUUCUAAAAAAAGUAUUUAUGAAUAAUGGAUUCCCUCGAUGCAAGUGGCCUUGCUUGCAGUCCAAAAUUUAGUAAAACCUCUAUUUAUAGCCCUAUUCUAAUUAUAGCCGGUCUCCAAAUAUAGCCGGGUCUGGAGACCAAGGUUUCAAAAUUUUAGCCGGGUAUCUAAUUAUAGCCGGUCCCUAAUUAUGACCGGGUCUCUAAUUAUGGCCAGUAUUUUUCGCUGUGUCCCCGCUCAUACCCAAUCCUAACAAAAUACUGAUCAUCCCGUUAAUAAACGAAUAAGGUCAAAAUUUACAGAAUUACGUGUUAAGAUCUUAAUAAGAAAGCAUAUAUUCACGACAGCAAGUUUUUAAAAACUACAAAACCUCGUCUAAAGAGUAGAUUUAAAGCUAAUAUUUAACUGAUGCCAUAUUUUGCUAAAUCAAAUAACUCAAAUCGAGUCAACAUUAAUUAUUCGCCAAUUUUAUAAUUACCAAAAUUAGAGGCGGAACAAAGUUUAGCCGGGUCUCUAAUUGUAGCCGGGUCUGUGACAUCCAGUUUUGGAUUUUAGCCCCGGCUAUAAAUAGAGUAUUUACGGUACAUAUAAAUACAUAGAUUUGAAAUUAUAAUUUAUUAGAAAGUUGCUUGGUCAAAGUUAUAUGUACCUAAGUAUUUAUCACUUAAAAAAGAGAAAUAAACUUAAGUAUGUAUCUAUCACCAUUUUAUGUAAAUUUGGAGUAAUUCCAAUAGUCAAUAUGUAUGCAUUGUGGAAAAGAUUGAAAUUAAAACUAAGUUUACCUAGAGAUUACCUGUAAAAAUUAAAAUGUACAUACAUACCUUAUUAACUUACAUUUUAAUAAGCAAAACUAAAAAAAACAUUUUCACAGA